GGCCGUUGGUGUACGUUUUUAUGUCGCUGAGAUGAAACUGCCAAAACUCUGACAGGUAUUAUUGUACAUCAGAAUUGCAUCACACUAUUUGUUCAAGCCUAAAAUAUUAGUCCGUAAUCUUAACAUGAUGUUUGUAUGUUCACAGACAUAAUUUCACAUUUACGUUUAAUGUUUCACGCAUGGCUUUUCUUACGACCCUACCAAUUUACGGAUGGAUUUUCUUACGAGCCUAACGUAAACCUUUUGGCAGGAACCUCGCUCCAUACAGAUGUUUCACCAGAUAAAUGUGAAGCAUCCAGUUGGCAUUUCCACUCACUACCAAAUAUGGUGGUGGGAGGAAACCCAGUGGCCGGCAGGGGGAGAUCAUGGCCAAGAAGGAUUUUGGCCAUUCAGCUAAUUUUCUCAUCAAUUAAACAUUUGAUCUCCCUAACAUUUUCUGUUUCCUUAACUAGAAUCUAUAACAGAGUGGGCUGCGUUUUGUAGACUUUACCCUUUGCCAAAGUAAAACAAAAAUGAUGUUGUUAAGGAGUGCAAAGGCGAAUUUAGUUAUUGCACACUAGCACAUCACAUUGCUUGCUGUUUGGGGGUUUUAGGCUGGGUUUCUGUAUAUCACUUUGUAACAUUGGCUGAUGUAAAAAGGGCUUUAUAAAGACAUUUGAUUGAUUGGUCGUAGGCGUUCCAUAACAGAAAUAUACAAUGAAAUGCUAGAACGCGCCAAUAGGAUCUCACUAGCUUGUGCUUGGACCUGCCCACCUCCUUGCUUGUUCUUGUUCUGCCCACUAUGAUUUAAUUGAUUUGCUCCCAUUGAAAAUGACAGGCUCUGGUCUAUCUUGGGUUAGUUCUAAAACAUAUUUGGUAUAGCCUCUCCCACCAAGAAGAAGACCCUGGUACUGAAAAGAGAAGCUUAUGGUUGCUAUGGAUUUGUAUAUAUUUGUUUCACUACCCGUACAGUAGGUGGCAGCAAUACACCGUAUCGAUUGUAGUCUGCCAAUAAAGCUAAAAGAAGAAGAAGAUAAAGAAAUUGGGGAAAGUAGUGGUAGGUGGUAAUUGUAGGGGUGCCCAUGGGGCUGGGGAUCAGAAAUGUCCCGUGCGAGAGAAGCAGGUUGAGGUUUCCAGGGUUAGAGUAGUGCAGAAGUUGUCAUAUGCUGAGGCAGUGAAGAAAGUAGAGGAAGAUGGGUCAAGGGGGAGGAAUCCUGAGAGGACGUACGUUAAGGAGUGGUGUGUGUAGUAGAUCUGUACCAGUACAGAGGAAUAGGCCAACAAUUGAUAUAUGUUUCAGUAAGAUUUGAUUUUUAGCAUUUAUUGAAAUGGUUAUCAACUGUACUGCAGGGAUGGAAUGUAAGUCGCAGAAAAUUGAGGUUGUGUUGGCAGCUGCAGAGAGGUAUUUGGGUAUACGAGACUUGACAUCAGAGGAGUUACAGGGUGUGAGGUAGGACUAAAUAUAUUUAAAUAGUGGAGUUUGGUGGUGUUACUUUUUUAUUAUUUGAUUUUUUUUGUGAGUGGUGCAGAUAAGGUAUUUUUUUAUUUUUUCAAGCAAAGUAUUAGGGAGUUGUACUCCAGUCUACUAGGUGGCGGUAAAGCAACAUUUAUUGGAUGCCAGCUGCCAUUAAACCUCAUCAAAGAAGAAGAAAAGGCGACCGACGCUGGUGGUCCUCUGUUUACUUUUUAGUGCACUACACCAAAUUUGAUUUCGAGGUGUCUGCAUCUAUCUGUACUUUUCAACAGCCUUUUGCUUCUACACUACACAUCCAUUAACAAUUACUUAUUCGAAGGCCAUUUUCGGUCAAAUAAUGGCAAAUGACGUUGCUUUUCACACUCAGCUAGCCUCCAUCAUGGAGGUUUUAGCUAACGCGGCCGUGGCUGAAAUCUGCGAGCUUGUUGACAAUGGCUAUGCGGUCCUGCAUUUGGAGAUAUCUCAAGGGCAGAAGGAGAAUGAAGCGUUGAGGAGAAAACUACGGAUGAUGGAGCUGAAAGUGUCUCGUGCGAGUACUCCGAGAGCGGGAAUGGGAAGCUCAAUCCUCGCGCACAGUCGUUCUCGAACUCACUUUGGCAUGGAAUCGAGAAGGACAUCAGUCGGCGAGGUACAUUGUCGGAGAGGAGUUGAUUCCCAGUUGGUCACCAGCCUGUUUAGGGACGGAAAGUCCUCAGGUGAUACUGGACAGACUACCACACAGAGAAAGCCUGCAGCGUUGGAUGAGAGAAAGUCCAAAUCACCUAACAUCAAAGAGGAGAGGCGGGAAGAAGCCUGGGACAAUCAUAACCAACGAGAGAGAUUGAGUACCGGAGCUUUAAAUCCCUGUGUUGGAGGAGAAAGACAUUCUAACAUCGACACAGAGGCUGCUCAAUCAAUCGGCAAACAGGAGAACGCCAGCUCUUGUAUAUGGGUGAGUGGUGAAACAGACAACAGCCUCUUGCCAGAAUCAAAUGAAAAUAUUAGUGUGAACAAAAGAUCUCAAACCCCAGCAUUGGAAGAUGGUGAUGGAAUACUUGACCAUGCAGGCUUUGAUUGUAUGAUGUUUGAGCCCCCCAGACAACUUGGGACCCUUAGCACCCAGGGUCCUGGGGCUGAUCUUCCUGAGUGCUCUUACUCUCAUGUGGAUGUUGUACCUCUUAAUUCUGAUUCAGAGAAUAGUUUUCCCUUUUCGAUGAACAAGGUAAGUCGCUCCAUAACUGAGCACAAACAACCUGUAGCUUACAGAGACAAUAGACAGAGGGUGCCGUUGCCCUCAGAUGAGCCUCACAUGACUGUGCGAAAAGGCAUGGAGACCGGAUCCAAUGCCUUGGUAAUGACGGAUGGUUGGGUCUCCCAUGACAGUCAUAAUAACGACGCUGUGAAUUACAACCAAGACGGCACAGCAGGUAACCGGUUCAUUUGUAGUUUCUGUGGUAAGACUUUGGCGUGUCUGAAGAACCUCAAGACACACCUUAGGGUUCACACCGGGGAGAAGCCGUUCAGCUGCAUGCAGUGCGGGAAACGCUUCUCCGACUCCAGCAACCUCAAGCGACACCAGAGCGUACACACGGGGGAGAGACGCUACGGCUGCAGCCACUGCGGCAAGCGCUUCGCCCAGUCAGGCUCACUCAAAGUGCACCUAAGCAUACAUAAAGGAUGCAAGCAGUUCCGAUGCCCACAGUGUGAAAAGACUUUCAUAUCGGCCAAUCACCUCAAGAGACACAUCAGUGUCCACGAUGGAGAAGAAAGUAUUUUACCAACCACUUUUCAGUGAGUGAAAGCAUACCCAAACGUGCUCCAGCCCAGCUUGAACAAAAAAAUGAAUUGGGGGCUCGACUGAAGGAGUUGAUCAUCCAAAAAGUAUUCCAUACACUUUUGAAUGACUGUUUUUGUAACUCUUAUCAUUGAAGUUGUUUAUCACUCAUCCUCAGCCCACUGUGUGAAAAGUGGUUUGUGGACUCAAGUAAUCUCAUUCGUCGCACCGGAUACUACAUACAGUGUGGGGAGAGGUUUGCUGCGAAGCACAUUCUUAGAAUUCACCUAGAGAGAAACUAUUCUGGUGCUCUAGUGCUGGAGAUUGUAUUGUCACUGAGUAUACCACGAACACAGUUAUUUGUGAAUAAUUCUACUUUCGCAUUUUGACUGAACACAUUUUGUCUGUAUUGGGCUAUUUGUUAUUUACAGUUUAGGAGUAGUCAUAACAAAAGGAAUGGAAUAAAACAAAAUAUUUUGUAUGUGUAUCUAAUGUGUACCAUUUUUAUUAUUUCAAAAGUGCUGCAAGAAAUAUAUGAACAAUACAAACAGUGAUUGUUACUAUUAUUAUUUUUAUUAUUAGUAGUAGUAGUAGUAAUAUAAAACAUACUACCUCUCUUUAGGAAAAACACUCCAAGCCAACCAGUCUAGUAAAAUGAUGUCUCGCAAAGGCCCAUGUAUGACAUUUUGAAAUAUGAAUUCUUGCACACAUUAUUUUUGUAAACAUUUCCUCUGAAAAUGUGUUUUUGUGAAAUAAACAAUUGUAAGAAAAAGGC